AUGGGAGUACCCACCUUCUACCGAUGGCUGGUUACAAGGUACCCAAAAAUAGCCAAAGCAACCUACGAGACGAGAGACAGCGAUGUGUACGCUAGGAGAACGAAGAUUCGGGAUGGACAUCAUAAUGGGGAGAAAAAGAAGGACACGUAUAGAGUACCAGACCUGAGCGAUUAUGUAAACAACACAGAUGAAAACCAUUGCUCAGACAACAUAAAUGGCUACUAUGAUAAUUUGUAUCUCGACAUGAACGGAAUAAUCCACCUGUGCUCACAUAGUGACAAUAGCAGGAGAGCCAAAAGUAAUGAAGAAAUAUUUUUAAAUAUCUUCUUGUACAUAGAACGUCUGUUUGAUAUAAUCGAACCAAAGAAACUGCUCUACAUGGCCAUUGACGGAGUAGCUCCUAAGGCUAAAAUGAACCAGCAGAGAAGUCGAAGGUUUAAGUCUAUCCUCUGCUCAGAAAUUGAAAGAAAUGCAUAUAUCGAAUUGAGGGAAAAAUUUUUAUCAGAAAAUCGAACAGUUCCUGAGGAACUCACCUUCUGGGACAGUAACAUUAUAACCCCAGGGACUCAGUUCAUGUAUGAAUUAUCAGUUGCUUUGAAAUAUUUCGUGGAGCAUAAAAUUACAAAUGAUGAGAAAUGGAAAAACAUUGUGGUGAUUUUUUCUGAUGCUAAUAGAUCUCAACCUGGGUACGAUCCUAAUACGAGACAUGUAAUCCACGGGAUGGACGCUGACUUAAUCAUGUUAUCGCUAGCUAGCCAUGAACCAUAUUUUUACAUUUUAAGAGAAAUAAUUAUCCUAGAUUCGAAAGGAGAAGAGAAGGUUCAAAAUAAAGACUUUGUAGGCGUGCUCAAAAGUAAGCAGGAUUUACCUCUCUGUACCACACACAUAAGAAAAACGAAAAAAAUGUAUACCAAAUAUAAUGACCCACAUUAUGCUAACAUAAACAGAAGUCAUAAUUGUAUGAUUAAUAGUGAAAACUGGAACGAAUUGCAGAUAUUGGACUUAACCAUUUUGAGGGAAUACCUAUCGAAAGAUUUCUUUUUCGAUUCUACUUACAACUUGGAAAGAUGUAUUGACGAUUUUAUUUUUAUCUGUUUUCUGUGUGGAAAUGACUUUUUACCACAUUUACCUUCCAUUUCGAUUGCUGCGGGGAGCAUAGAUCAGCUAGUUUUACUAUACCAGAAGGUGCUGCCCGUGUUGGGGGACUACCUAAUUAACGAGGGGAAGAUUAAUUUAAAGCCCUUUUCCAAAUAUGUUUCCUUCAUUGCUGAGGUCGAAAGGGAAACGUUCAUUUCGCAGUACGAUUUUAAGAAGAAGAGAGAAAAAAGGGACCAGCAAAAGGACUCCCUAAAGAGGGUUAAGUGCACUGAUGAGCAAAAUGAUGGUUCAGGUAACAUCGCUGCGAUGCUGACAGAUGGUGCAAAAAAUAGUAGAGAUUAUGAUAGUGUGGGAGGGGAAACUGGAAAUUCUAAUAGAGGAAGUCUACAGUUUAAUGACGUUAACAUGAAGAGGGGCAGCAAUCAGAGUGACGCCAUGGUAAUGGGAACCCAAACAGGGACAGCAUCAGCAAGCUCGCUAGCCUCUGCAGCAUCGCCUCCCGCACCAUUGAAUAAGAAAAUGCUGUACGAGUCCAAAAUACAGAGCAUGCAGCCGAUCAGGAAUUUCAAGUUUAAGGAAAAGAAGGGUGAGAAGAGUAUCAACUUCCUCGUUCGCCCCGCGUCGUCUUCCAUUUCGGAGCAGGUGCCCAACAACGAACCGUCGACUUUGCAGAGCGUGAUCGAGGAGGAAGCCCCUGCAUCGGGGGAGGCAUCACAAUGUAAGGCGCAGCUCAACGGGGAGGCACCACAAUGCAAGGAGCAGCUCAACGGGGAGGCAGCACAAUGCAAGGAGCAGCUCAACGGGGAGGCAGCACAACCAGGGGGCCCUCCCCCGAAAGGAGACCUCCAAUGGGACAUAGAAGACGAGGAAACCAAACGAAUCAACGAUAUUAACGAGUUUAACAUGCUCCUUAAGGAGGCAAUCAAAAAGGCAAAUGAGUGUGAAAAUCCCAAAGAGGAUGUAGAACUUGGGGGGGAUGAAAACCCAGAACUUAUCAGAAUAAAGUACUACAAGUCCAAGUUCCAUUUGGACGAGAGCGACCAUGUAGACGAUUUCGUCAAAGAAGUAGUAUACAAAUAUAUUGAGGGGUUGUCCUGGGUUCUUUUAUAUUAUUUCCAAUCGUGUCCCAUGUGGCAUUGGUAUUAUCCAUACUAUUAUGCACCCCUGUCAUCAGACUUAAUUAUUGACAAUGUGAAUUUUAUCUUCCAUAAGGACGAACCGAUUCUUCCCCUUGAGCAACUACUCUGUGUGUUGCCAUCGAAUUCUAGUCACUGCUUACCUAAGAGUUACCAAGAAUUAAUGGUCCGAUAUGAUUCCCCCAUUAUUGAUUUUUACCCAAAAACUUUUAAGGAGGAAGAAAAUGGGAAGAAGUACAAAUAUCAGUGGGUUAUCCUACUGCCUUUUGUAGACAAGGAGAGAAUUAUCAAACAUGCUAGAGAGCUGAAUGACACCUUGACUGAAGAAGAGAGGAAGAGGAAUCGUAGGGGAAUGAACAAAAUUUAUAUGAACUGUUCACACUCUCUUUCGAAGCAAAUUACCAAGUCGAUAAAAGCAUACGUGAAGAAAAUGAAGGGGGAGGGUGAGAAGAAAAACGAUGCUGAUAUGAGUAGCACAGGUAAUUUGAAUGCGAAUUCUCCCGCUGGGAAUACCAUCGAGGGGGGGGAACCCCUUGCCCUUAGCGAAGGACCAACCAACGUGGAAGAAGCAGCCGAGCAGCAACAGAAAGGGGACGGUAACAACAGCGGAAACACAUACGAUCAGUUUUUUAAGAACAUGAACUUAAGUAUCCCGAUAAGUAACAACCGAGACAUGAAUCUGUUUGGCUAUCUCAAUUGUAAACACGAAGACAGUGACGUUAACAUUUUAAAGAAAAUUUUUAAAUUUUCGUCGAAUUUUUCCACCACGUGUAAUAGCGCUUUCUUUGUCCAGCCCGAACUUAUAAAGCAUCGCUCUUCGCUUUUGCCAAACCAUAGGAGACCAAGGAAGGUGCUCACCGUGGUUGACAUCAACAACGAGGAGAGGAAACUCAGGUUCAAUGCACCCGCGGCGAAGAGGAUGAUCUUGAACAGCCUAAGUACCAACCACCCACAUAUUUACUCCUACGCGAAGGGGAGUCAGCCGAAAAGUUAUGUCGUAAAUUACGGCAGCGGAGGUUACGGGGGAGGCGGCUAUGGAAGUGGUAACUACGGAGGAGGUGGUUACGGGGGAGGCGGUUACGGGGGAGGCGGCUACGGAGGCUACGGAAGUGGUAACUACGGAGGAGGCGGCUACGGCAACGCCAAUUACGGGGGCCACGUUGGCCGGGACCACCGAAGCAACUACUCCAGCGCGAAUUACAGCUCGCACAUGAGUGCCCCCAAGAACCACGCUUCCUACCACCACGGCCCGAAUUAUCAGAGCCACCAAAAUCAUCAGGCCUAUCAAAAUCAAAAUCAAAAUCCCAGUUACGGCAACAGUUACGCGCCACCGAUCUACAAAAACGUGGCCAUGCACAAGGGCCCAAAAAAUGCAACCGCGGCGCACACGUACGACAGCAAAAAGGAGAGCAACUAUAACAACGCCUACGACAGUAGCUAUGCAUCCCAUAGAAACCCGCCCAGCAGGGAGAAUCCGAACUAUGACGCGCCCUACAACACUUCCCACAGUGCGAGGUACAAGAGCGAGAACCGCGGCGGGUACGGGACUCACGGAGGGCACACUCAUGGCAAUUACAAACACCAAAGCGGGUACGGAAACCAUGGCAACCAUAACAGCAGCCAUAACAGCGAAGUCAACCAGCACAAGCGAGACACCUUCAAAAGCAGCGCGCAAAACGGCGUGCCAGGGAUUAACAAGAAGGCCAAUUACAACGGUAGAUCCGUGCCGUACAAGGACAGGGAAUACUGA